GCGUGUCAGCAGCCGAGUGGUGGAACCAAACACCAUGAGCACCACAAAAUUUGAGAGGGGCGGACACGGCCUACCGCUUCGAACAUUAGAGGAUUUACAACCUCAAUGUCUCUGUCCUUCGCUGGAUAAAAGCCUCAUCCAACUGCUCCAAAAACCUGACAAAAAUCAUAAGGACCACUACAUUAUUAAUUUAUAUUAUACUCCAAUAUGCCUGUCGUCUAGAUGCUGACGCAGCCGUCUCGUCUCUCAACCUCAUCCUCCCUCCCUUCGUUAUGAAAAGCAUGCUACCUUUUCUGAUGUGUCCUAAGUAUUAUCAUCCACGUCACCUUUCUGUACUUUUUACUCUUUUUCCAAUAAUCUUCGUCUUUAAAAGCCCAACCUCCUCUUCUUUUACAUCCUCCUUCUUCCCCUAUCUCUCUACUUUUCCAAUCCCAUUCCAAAAAACUUCCUUCUGACGGAUUCAAUCCUUUUUUUGCUAAGCUGACUGUGUCGGAAAUAGGAAAUUUGGUUGCCAUGGAAAUCCCAGUGAUCAACAGGCUAAGCUCGAUGCAGAAUCCUUCAUUGCUUUCUCGGGUUCUUUCGGUUUCUGGGUUCGAAGCCUCCAGCUUUUGGAAAUUGGGCGCCUUGAUUCUUGCGAUCGUCGCAUCUUUUGGCACCCUGGUGAACGGAAUUAAGGUUUUCAUUGUCAAAAUCAAGAGAGUGAAUUCUAUAGCUUCGGAGCCUCUUCUGAAAUUCGUCGUCGACGAUUAUACAGACAGCGAGGACGAAACUUGUUCGUUGUCGUCUUCUUAUUUGGAUGACGAAGAAGAAGACAGCGAUGACGACGACGACGAACCCAAAUUGCAUCGGUACCAACCCAUGGAUGAUGAUUUCCGGGUGGCAGGCGGUUCGGGUCGUUAUGUGGAAAGCCACGGGGAGAAUCCUAAACCAAAGCUCCGGCGUGGGUUUUCGUGGGCGGACUUGACCGGCGGCAGGAGCGUUGUUAAGCUGUGGGACAAACUAGGCUCGGGGUUAGACUUCGAUGAUGACGGCACCGCCGGCGAUGAAUCCUAUUCCAGUGUGUUCUCCGUGUACCAAACCAACAGAGAUCAGAGAAUCGUCUCCCUCUGGGGAGGGACACCGGCGGCUGCCUCCAAAUCAGCGCCUGUAAUCGUGGCGGCGAGGAGGACGAGCGGGUCCGGCGACGUAUCGUUGGGGGUUUGGGACUCACGCCUCCGGCGUCGGAUACCGGCGAUAUUUGCCGAGUGGCGGCCCCAGCUAGGAAAGAUCGUCGGUAUCGGAUGCGGCGGCGUCGAGAAGGUCUACGUCAGGGAUGAUGCCAGCGCUGACCUAACCGUUGGUGACAUGAGGAACGUAAGCUCGCCGUUAACAAAUGUAACUGCGUCCGACAUGGAUUCCUGGUGGGACGCGGACGACGCCGUUUUUGUCGAGGACGAGCAACCACGUGGUGAAAGUAACUGACCUGCACGUUACGUCUUCAUUAGAAAAUAUGUGAAUAAAUUUUAUUUUCGUUAGCAUUUAGUUAUUUUUAUUUUUUAUUUAAUUUAAUUUCUCUGUAUUCGGUCGCAAAGAUGGCGACUCAACAUUAAUAGCACUUUUUCCUUUUUAAGGAAAAAUUGAAAA